UUCGAAGAAGUCAAGACCGAAGGAGACCAGAUAAUCAAUGUUGCAAGCGAGAUCAUGGUCGAAGAGGUGUUCGAAGUCGAGAUCUUGGCCAUAAUCGAUGAGGAUCGUGAGUGGGAUGUGUGCGUGAUCGAAGAGGAAGUUCCCGAGUUUUGGAUGGUCGAGGAUGAGUCCUUGAGGACAAGGAAAUUCUCAAAGGGGGCGGGAAUGAUGCGUAAGUGGGUUUUGACCCCUGAAGACAAGAAGAGCCAGGAGCCGAGACGACCCUAUGAGACUAGAAAUCGGGCCAAAACAACGCAUUCAUGGCCUAGGAGACGGGUGCGAGCUCGUAUGCGAGGCGAAUGGACGAGUGCGUAUCGGGCGCUAAGUACGCGUAAGCGCGCACGGGCGCUGGGCACAGUCGGGUGCGCGUGGGCGAUAGGCCGUAUAGGCGCGAAGCGCGCUGGGCGCGCGACUGGAAGUAACACGGGCGUCCGAGACUGCACGGGCAUAGGAGUAAGGGGCAGCGGUAAGCACGCGCGCAAUGAGGCCAGCGAUAGCAGGGUGCGCGCGGUAGAGCGCGAGUGGAGCGCGGAUGCGGGCGAUGUCCUAAACCGCGUAGGCAUAGGGGUGCUGGACGACGAGUGCAGGGCGCACGGCGGCACGCACGAGACACAAGGCAAGAAUAUGGCGGCAAGCCUAAUCCUCGUAGGAAUAGGCAAGGCGCGAAUACUAAUCCUUGCAGGAAUAGGAAAAGCUGUUGAGUGCCGGAACACGCGUGGAAGAUCGGUGACGGGAGUAACCCUCGGAAGAUCAGGAAACGUAUCCAGAAGCAUAUUCCUAGUAGGAAAAGGAAUAGUGGAUACGAGCUCAAAGCAUAAUCUUACAAGGAAUAGGAGUGGCGCAGCAGGCGCGCGAGACCUAGUCAUCGAAGGACUAGGCGAGCGGGGCGGUGCGCACGCGCGUGCAAGGCAAGGCGCGCGAUGCCUAGCGCCACGAGGAGUAGGCAUCUCAAGGUCGGCGCGCACAAGGGCGGCGU